AUGGCGAUGGCAAGACCCACGUUGAGUUCAGCAGUGCAAUAUGUCCAGAUCGAUGGACUUGUUGUGCUGAAAGUGAUCAAACAUUGUCAAGAGGAGGGUGCAGGGGGCACAGAUUUGGUCCAGGGAGUGUUACUGGGACUGGUGGUGGAGAAUCGACUUGAGAUCACAAAUUGCUUCCCAUUCCCCAGACAUAAUGAGGAUGAGGAUUUUGAUGAAGUCCAGUACCAGAUGGAAAUGAUGAGGAAUCUCCGCCAUGUCAACAUUGACCAUCUGCACGUAGGAUGGUAUCAAAGUACAUACUUCGGUUCCUUCAUCAAUAGACUUUUCCUUGAUUCGCAGUUCAACUACCAACACUCAAUAGAGGAAUCUGUCGUCCUGAUUUAUGAUCCAUUAAGAACCACAAAGGGAUAUCUGUCAUUAAAAGCAUACAGAUUAACUAAGGAGAUGAUGGACUUCUAUAGGGAAGGUGACUUCACUCCAGACAGUCUCAAGGAUGCAGGCAUCAGCUUCAAAAAUAUGCUUGAAGAAAUCCCAGUCAUCAUAAGAAAUUCACAUCUUUGUAACAGCCUUCUUUGUGAAGUUGAUCAGAGCUUGAAUUCCAGUCAGAAAUUUAACUUUCUUGACCUUGCAACAAGCUCCAUGCUGGAGAAGAAUCUCCGUCAGUUGAUGGAAUGUGUAGACGAUGUGGCCAUGGAUGCUAACCGCUACCUCAAUUUCCAGAGACAAGCUGCAAAACAGAAGCUACAAAAAGCACAAUACCUGCAGAAAAGGACACAGGAGAAUGCCCAGAGAGCACAGCAUGGCGAACCUCCACUUCCUGAUGAGGACAUCAAUAAAUUGUUCAAACCUCUUCAGCCCAUGGAACGCCUCAACAGCCUUCUCCUGGCUGGACAGAUUGACAACUAUUGUGCACAAGUUGGGGACUUUGCAUCUCAGAGCUUAGGAAAAUUGUUCUUGUCUGAAAGCUUGAAAAAUAAACCUGCCGAUAAUUAGACAUUAUAAUUGAUCUUGACCUCUGAGAAUAAAUUUUAUACCUGGAGAAAGGAACGGUGCAACAAACUUAGAUAGACCAUCUGACAUGAUAAUGCCAUCACCAUUUUACAAACUAGAUAUUACAACACAAAAUAUGAAAGCUGUGAGAUGGAAAAUAAAUUAUUUCCAAAUGAA